CUUUUGGCCGCGCGGAGCCGCCGUACGGGCGGAAGUGCCGGAGAGCCGCCAUGGAGGCGACGCUGGAGCAGCACCUGGAGGAGCAUGAAGAGCCCGGCCGUGGUGGGCGUGCUGUGCACCGACUCGCAGGGGCUCAACCUGGGCUGCAGGGGAACCCUGUCGGAUGAGCACGCCGGCAUCAUCUCGGUGCUGGCCCAGCAGGCGGCCAAGCUGACCUCGGACCCCACGGACACGCCCGUGGUGUGCCUGGAGUCGGACAGCGGGAACAUCAUGAUCCAGAAGCACGACAGCAUCACCGUGGCAGUGCACAAGCUGCUGUCCUGAGCCUUGGAAGCAGCUCUGCUCCCGGUUCCUCCCUGCACUGCCACCCUCCCUUUGGAGCUCCACACCUGGGAUGAAGGCUCUCCCUCCCUCCCUUCCUCCCUCUCACCAGCUCCUGGGCAGCUCCCUGGCUCUCCAGCUCACGUUUCAGCCCUUGUGCUGCUGAGGAUGAAGCAUGGGCACGCCCCCAGGCCCAUGCAGAUCCUCCCUGCUGUACGUGGGGGGUCUUAUUUGUUGGAGAAAUCAAUAAAUAACCUGUAAAAAACC